UCAUCAGACAUGCCUCUGGUUGAAGUCAUAUAAAGACACAAUCCAAUUUUUGCUGUCCAUAUGUGCUCUCCACCUAAUCCCAUACCUAUCGGAGUAGACGCUGAAGGUUCAGGUAAUCACCCCUAUCACGUGAGUGUACGCAUUCAGGGCCAUCAACAUCAGCAUCUACUUUCCUCAUUUCUACCAGUAAAAGCAACUGAACAUCAGUUGAAAUACAAUCAACUCGCAUCCGGAGGCUGACCUCCAAUUCUUCCAUUACGAAUAAGAAGUCCGAAUCAUGGCACAGCCACCCGUUCCAUCCCGCUGGAUCAUCCUGGCAUUAGCCAGCGGCGCAUUCGCAGCCCUCAAUGGCCUUUUCGCCAAAUUAACAACUGACGAGCAAACCACCGCGUUUGCCAGGAGUAUCUCGCAUCUCUUCGGCGCAGGGGAUCAAAAUACGUUCCUUGAGUUGGUGGUUCGAGGUGUCUGUCUGGGACUCAACGUCCUGUGUAACAUUAUCAUGUGGGCGCUCUUUACUAGAGCGUUGACCGCGUCGCCCUCCACCACGAAGGUGUCCAUCACUAACACCUCGGCUAACUUUCUCAUCACGGCAUUGCUGGGUAUGGUUGUCUUUCGGGAGAAGGUGAGUGGGCUGUGGUGGUUGGGAGCUGGGAUGAUGGGCGGUGGGUGUAUUUUGGUCGGGAUGAGGGAUUCAUGAGCCUCGUGCAUCUAAGCAGAUAGGUCAGAGCAUUGGACUGGGUUGUAUGUGAGGAAAGAACACGAAUGCCAAAUACAAUGAAGCUAUUCCUUAGGA